CUCUUAAAACGAGCAACAUUCGCUAAGGUUACUCAAAUUUCGCAGUGAUCGUCGCAGUAGUUUAUUGUAGUUUUUAAGUCCGUGAUACUGCGAGAAUAUCAGAACAUUUAUUCUAAUUAAGUAACACUAAACAGUUUGCAUAAAUUCCACUUUGUGAAUAUUGUGCUUUUGUAGUGAGUGUCAAAUAAAUAAAUGCACUUUCCUAGUGUCAUUUUUAUGGCCACAGCUUUGCUGUGUGCCGCCAAUGUGCAGGCCUACCGCUACUUGGCCAUUAUGCCUACCGGCGCCAGAUCACAUCACAUCGUCGGCUCAGCGCUAAUGAAGGAGUUGGCACGUAGAGGUCACCAGGUGACUGUCAUUUCACCAUUUCCACUAAAGAAACCGAUGGAGAAUUAUAUUGACAUAGAAAUACCCACUAUUAAGGCAGUCAUGGACAACACCGCAUCUGCUCUUCUGAAAACUACUGAGAAAACUGUUGUGGAAAAUGUGCGAGGUUUUUAUGAAAUGGGUCUUAAUAUGACCCGCAUAUUCCUAGAGGAGAACAAUGUUAAAGCGCUUCUUGCUAGUAAUCAAACCUUCGAUGCGAUUAUAUGUGAAAUUUUUCUCUCUGAAGCGCUUUAUGGACUAAGUGAACAUUACAAUGUUCCACUAAUAGGUCUAGGCACCUUCGGCGCCCAUGCCUGGAACACAGAUAUGGUCGGCUCACCCAGCCCACCUUCGUAUGUGGCAAACUCUCUGCUGCCGUUCAAUGAGCACAUGACGCUGUGGCAACGUGUGGGUAACUUUGCAUUUGGCAUUUUCGAACGUCUGUUGCUCGAUCUAUACUAUUUGCCGAAACAAGCAGCUAUAUAUAAGGAAUACUUUCCUAACAACAAACGUGAUAUGUACGAGGUGCGUCGCAACGCUGCCUUAGUGCUGCUCAAUCAGCAUGUCUCGCUGAGUUUCUCACGUCCUUACGUCCAUAAUCAGAUCGAAGUUGGUGGCAUGCAUAUUAAUCGAAAACGCUCACCACUACCAGCCGAUUUGGAACGAUUCAUCAAUGAAUCGAAACAUGGAGUCAUCUAUUUCUCAAUGGGUUCCAAUGUGCGUAGCAAAUUUUUGCCUUCGGAUAAGCGACAGGCAAUACUUGACACAUUCCGUGGAUUGAAACAGCGUGUUCUUUGGAAAUUCGAGGAUCCAAAACUCGAAGGUAAACCGGAUAAUGUUUAUAUUAGUGAAUGGUUUCCACAGGACGACAUUUUGGCACAUCCGAAUGUAAAAUUCUUCAUUACACAUGGCGGUUUACUCAGUACAACUGAGUCCAUUUAUCAUGGCAAGCCUUUUAUUGGCAUACCGAUUUUUGGCGAUCAGUUCCUCAAUAUGAAUCGUGCCGAAACUGGCGGCUAUGGUAUAGGUGUGGAUUACAAUGGUUUCACGAAAGAGAAAUUCAAGUCGGCCAUUGAGCGCAUGUUGAAUGAUGAGAGCUAUACGAAACGUGUAGCGGAUAUAUCAGCGCAAUAUCGCGAUCAGCCAACGAACCCCUUGGACUUGGCGGUCUAUUGGGUAGAAUAUGUGGUGAGGCAUAAGGGUGCAAGGCAUUUACACUGCGCCGGACAAGAUUUGAACUUCAUACAAUAUCAUAGUAUUGAUAGCAUGUUGAUCAUAUUUGGUGGUUUGACUUUCGUGCUGCUGCUGAUCUUGCUGCUGAUACGUUCUGUAUGGGGUUGGCUACAAUUUGCGCUUGUGCGUAAGGAUAUCAAAAAGAAGACGCACUAAAAUGUGAGAAUUAAUUUAAAAUGUUUCAAAGAUUGUAAUAGUGAAAACGUGUUGUAUUUAAUGCUUAUUUUAUUGAAAUUGCCUGUUCAUAAUUAAUAAGCUAACCUUAGUGAUAAUAACUUAACGUAAUGAAUCAAAGCAAAAUAAUGAUGAUUUUUAUUUUGUUCUAAGUUGUUGUAAUACAUAUAAUUGAUGUGCUCUGGUUGUUUUCAGUUGUUUGUGAGAUAGUUGAAAUCAAUCAAAGCGAUGAUAAUGAUUCCGCUUGAUACUGGCUUUCGGUUUACGGAUUUAGAGUUAAGGUAUAAUGAGACACGUUGCGCUUAUUGUGUCGUUUGUGUAGUUCACGUUGAACUCUUUCAUCGUCAUGUCACGCAAUGGUUUGGUUAUCAUAAAAUCUCGUGCUACGUUUUUGAUUUUUGCAAGCUCUAGCAGUUUCUCACCUGUCCACUCGGACAUAUUAAUUAUCUCAAUACUAGUAUUUAUUUAGCAAAAAACAAAUGUUCGUUAACGGGCUUUAAUUAAUUUUAUAAGCAAAUCCGUUAUCAUUAAGAGAGUGUGCCUUGUGUCAUGCUAAUUUGCAUAAUAAUAAUACUUAAUUAUGAAGUAAGUUCGCUGUGGCACAUGCUAUCAAUGCAACUAGUUGCCUUUAGCGCGUUUCAGAUGCAGAGGCUGUAAAAGAGCAGAGGAGAGCAUAAGUGCGCUUUGAAUAUCGGUCAAUCAUCAUUUAAAUAAAUAACAGCAUAUCUGUAUUGUCAUUGCUCAGUCAAUUCCUAUUCUUACAAAGCACAACACAAAAUAAA